AAACCACAAUGAAACCAAAACCCCAGCAGCACCAUCACAUGAUAUCCGUAACCGCCAAUGACUGCUCAACAACCGAAACCUGCAUUUCUACUUCCUCCCCGCCUCCGUCGUCGUCCCGUAACCACCAGCUCGACUCCGAUCAUUUCCGUCGGCGACGGCGCAGUCCUUCCAGAUCGCGGUCAUUUUUCAGCCGCCGUAGCUCCCUUUACUUCCUUCUCUUGCCUCUUUUUCUAUACACAUGCGAAUUUUUCAUGUGCAUCGGUCCUUUCUACUCAGUAGUAGUGCACCCUAAUCCUUUGCCCGGUUCAGUCUACCGGAGCCAGGAACUCUUCCAGAGACUCUGGAACGAUAUUCAGUCGGAAAAUUCCUCUACCAUUCAGUUAGAGUCUGUUUGGAGAUACAAGAGGAGAAAGCUGAAGGAAGAAAAGCUAUGUCCAAAGAUGAAUACUGAAAUGACUUUUGGCAAUGGCACGAAUGGGCGUUAUUUGGUUGUUGAAGUCAACGGUGGCCUCAAUCAACAACGCUCAGCUAUAUGUAAUGCUGUGGCUGUUGCUGCGCUUCUAGACGCGAUAUUAGUCAUCCCUCGUCUCGAGUUCCAUAAUGUUUGGAGGGAUCCAAGUGUGUUUAGUGAUGUUUAUGACGAGAGUCACUUCAUAGAACUUCUGGAUGGUUUGGUUAAAGUGGUUCAUGAUCUACCUGAGGAACUAAUGGAAGUAUAUGAUUCUAAUAUCAGCAACAUACCAACUACACGUGUCCACGCUUGGGCUACAGCCAAAUAUUAUCUUGAAGAAGUCAAGCCUAUCCUCAAUAAGCAGCAGGUUAUCAGAAUUGCUCCUUUUGCAAAUAGAUUGGCAAUGAAGGUUCCACCCCAUAUUCAGCUUCUAAGAUGCCAUGCAAAUUACAAGGCAUUGAGAUUCUCUCCUAAAAUAUCUACACUUGCUAAGAGAAUAGUUAGUAAAAUGAUGGAGAAGAGCUCGAGUAAGAGUGGCAAUUACAUCUCAAUUCACCUUCGAUUUGAGGAGGAUAUGGUAGCUUUCUCAUGUUGUGUAUACAAUGGAGGAGAGGCUGAAAAAUCUGCUAUGGACUCAAUAAGAGAAAAGGGUUGGGGAAACAAAUUCAAACGCAAAGACCGGGUCUUUUCUCCUGGUUUGAAUCGGGUUGAUGGAAAAUGUCCUAUGACUCCUUUGGAGGUUGGAAUGAUGCUUCGGGGUAUGGGAUUUGGAAAUGACACUCCUGUUUAUUUAGCUUCAGGGAAAAUUUAUCAAGAAGAACUAUAUUUGGCUCCUUUGAAGAAAAUGUUUCCUUUGCUUCAGUCCAAGGAAUCACUAACCUCCACUGACGAACUUGCUUCAUUUGAGGGUUAUUCCUCUAGAUUGGCCGCAUUAGACUACAUGGUGUGUUUAUCUAGCGAGGUAUUUGUUACCACACAAGGCGGCAACUUUCCACAUUUCCUUAUGGGCCACCGAAGGUUCCUAUUUAAUGGACACGCAAAGACUAUCAAGCCUGAUAAAAGCAAGCUUGUUCUUUUGUUUCAGGACAUGAACAUCAGUUGGAAUGGUUUCAAGGAUGAGUUGGGAAAGAUGCUAGAUGAAAGUGAUCGAAAAGGAAUAAUGGUGUCUCGAGUUGGUAAGAGCAAUAGAAAAGGUUCUGUUUUCUCGAAUCCCUUGCCCGAAUGUAAAUGCCUAUGGGAAUCAAGAAAUUCUUCAUCCCAAUUGGAUGAGAUAUAGUCAACCAAACA